AUGCACCUUUCUCGCCUUUUCCAUGUGGCAUCACUCGUCGGGUCCGUUUCUGCCGAAACAAUGACUGCAACUUUCAACCCUCUUUACGACGACCCCUCUCGCUCUUUGAGUGAGGUUACCUGCUGGAGGAAGAAUAUUGGGUUUAUGCCCAACUUGGACUGGACUCUCCAACAGGACGCGGCUGGGUUUAUUGGCAUCGACAAGAUCAAUGGCUUGAACUCUGGCAAGUGUCUAACUUGCUGGACGCUCAGCUACGAAGGCAGGGCUAUCUCACUGCUUGCUCUUGAUGGUGCUGAUUCUGGCAUUGCCAUGUCUUUCAGCGCUUUGCAAUAUCUUACCGAUGGACGAGCUAAGGAGCUGGGUCGAGUCCUGAUCGAUGCAGUCGAGGUGGAUACUUCGGAGUGUGGAGUUCCGGCGAGCAAGCUGCAUGCGUAUGACUUCUAG